CCUCAUUGACGUUGCCUGGUGAUGAAAGUUUCAAAACAUUCUUCCGGCUCUAGAGAAGGGAUUGCGCGCUGAGCAUACAGAGCAGCGCUCUGGCCACGCUGUGGGUAUCUCAGUUCCUUCCCCGGGGUUUGGGUGGUCAUUACACCGAACCCGGCCUGAGGACAGUGCCUGGCGCCUGGGCAAGGGGUAGAGAUGCGGGCGAUGGAUCUCAGGUUGGUCCUGUGCCUUAUGAGUGCUUCCAUGGUCACUGAGGGCAGUCACGACUGUACCUGGACAGAGACUGUCCCACCUCCAACUGAUUUGACUGUGACUUUGAAGGGAAUUGGUUUCAUUAAUUCCACCUGGACGUGGAAACUGCCAAGUUAUUUAGAAAACUCCACCAAAGAAAUCAAGUUUGAAAGCGUGUUUAAGUAUGAUGGCGCUGAGUGGGACGAAAGAAAAAGAAAGAAAGAUAUGACUCGUGAAGAUAAGGUGAUUCUUAAUCAAGGAAUCACUUUCAGAGUGAAGGCAUUGGCGAUGAAUGGUGGUACAUGUCAAGAAAGCAACUGGACUGAGAAAUAUAUCCCUCCUGAAGAAGGUGAUGCCAACACUGCUGCCAGGAACUUCAGCUGUAUUUUCUACAACUUAGAAUAUAUAAAUUGCACUUGGGACAUUGGAAGUAAGACACCAGCUAACACAGUGUAUAACUUCAAUUACUGGCAAAAGGGCAUGGAUGUCAUUCAGAACUGUACCAGUUACAUAUCAAAAGAUGGCAGAUUGAACGUUGGUUGCCACCUUCAACGUGAUCAAUUCGAUGAUGAACAGGACUUACAUAUUUGUGUCUCAGGAAAAAGUUCUUAUGCAAAGAUAAAGCCGUUCUUCUAUAAUCUGGAAGCUGCGAGUUUUGUGCAAUUGUCCCCUCCUUGGGGAAUCAACAUUUCAAAGAUGGGCAAAGUGUUUCGGAUCAACUGGAGUCCAGCUGCUCACUGGAACCAAAAGUGUGUGAUAUAUGAAAUUAGAAGGAGGAGCAUCAUGAGCAGUGAUUGGAUUGUUCACGAGCUUUCUUCCUUCAAGACCUCCAACCCAGAAAUGAAAAUUCCCGACGCAGACCCGAAUGUUGAGAAUGUAGUGCAGGUACGGGCGAGAUACAACAUUUGCGGAGACGAUGGCAUCUGGAGUGAAUGGAGUGAAGAGGAAUACUUCGGAGAAGACAUUGGGCCAGGUUGGAAUUGGAAAAUUGCUUUACUCAUCAUUAUCCCUAUCCUGGUGGCAGCCGCUGCAAUCACACUCCUUACCUACCUGAAACAACUUCAGAUCUUGAUCCUGCCACCAAUCCCUGAUCCAGGAAAAAUUUUUAAAGGCAUGUUUGGUGACUCCAGUGGAAAUGAUGUGAUGUGGAGUAAGCAAACAAAAGGAAGCCUGAUUUUCAAAGCAGAAGAAGAGAUAACCUGCAAGGUGACAAAUGUUGAGCAACUACGAGCAACCUUUGCAGAGAAAGAAGGGGAACUGGGUGAGGCCGAGAAAUUAGAAAUGGAGGAAACUUCUGUUAUAUUUGUGGAUGAGGCUAGUCUUCUGGAUAACGACAGCAUACAUUUUAACCUGGUGACGUCUUGAAUGGAACAUUUUCCAGCGUUAUGUUGUUAUAUGGGUGAAGCCCUGUGACUUCAUUCAUGCACAAAAAGAAGAUUCUCUUUUGCAACAAUGCAUAAACUGCUCAGCACAGUGACCCGUAGGUGGAUUCCAAGAAUGAAUGACCAAACUGUCAGAUUUAGGUAUUUUGCAUCAUUUUCGCAUCUGAUUAAAUACAGUAACAUACGACACAGAGCACUGCAGGUUCUGUCCACUUAGCCCCUGUUCAUGAAGUUGUGAUAUGUUUCUUGCCUCAUACUGCACAGGUGGAUUCCGGUCAGUGGUCUGUGACCUUGUAUCAGUGCCUAGCAUUGAGCUGCUAGCUUACUGUUUGAUAAUUGGCUGUGUAUCAGGGAAAUGGCAAGGACUAACCAGUCAAGUGCGAGCCACUCACUUUGCGCCGGGCCUAUCAAACAGCAACCUUAUCACAAGAGAAGAUUUCCAAACAUGUGACAUCUCACCUAGUCAUUAACUACCAAUCUCUAUCAUUUAUUAGAUUGUAGUCAAGGAACUGGUCAACAUCAAUAACAGACCAACGUGUGCACAGCAGACAAAAGCGUACAGUAGAUCCACACUUAGACAAAUGCACACCAGACACAAAAACACUCAUGUGCAUAUGUGUAUGUACACACUCUCUCUCGCUCUCUCUCCCCGCCUCGCUCUCUCUCUUUCUCUCUAUCCAUCUCUCUCCCCCUCUCUCUGUCCUUCUCUCUCUCCCCUCUCUGUCCCUUGCUGACUCUGUCCCUCAUGCUCUGUCCUUUUCUCUGUCUCUCAGAUGCCAGACGCAUCCACGUACACAUACAUACACUUGAACAUUGGUCGACGAAUAUCAUUUAAGACUUUCAACCUUGACUGAUGGAGACUGACGUGCAUACUUGUGGUUCUUCUGAUGCAUAAACUGAACUUUAAACUUCUGAAAUGUGGUGCAAGACCGAAUUAUUGUUUAUAGAAAUAUUUGGAUGACAAAAUGCCAGAUUAAAAACAGCUGCUUUGCAGAACCCAUUUUUCAAACAGGAAUCCCACAGAUAGAACACACAAGACACAAAGUUCAAUCAUGCUGUGGCAGUUAUCUAUUGAUAACUUUCCUGUGAUUCACUGCAAUAUCCCAGUGAACAAUUUAUAAGCACAAACGCACUAACUGGUGUACACUGGUUGAAUUGCAGAAUUUGCAAGCUUUGUUAAAAAAAAUCAGUUGUUUCUGAGUGAUGGAAUGGAAGAAUGAAUAAUGGACGGUAAUUUCAAAGGCUGCAAUUGGAGAGCAGAGGGAGGGGUAUUUAAACAACCUGACAUCCCUCUUGUUCAGUCUGAAUGAAGGAUAAAUUUCCAUCUGAUGAGUCAGGUACCCUCCCCUGAAACACAACAAAAUACAGAGGGUGCUGGAAAUGUGAAAUAAAAACAAAUAUUGCCUCAACUGCUAAGCAAUUCAGGCAGCAUCUAUGGAGGAAGAAACCAAGUUAGGUUUUCGGGUUUGCAAGACCUUCCAACAAAGGCUGUUCCUAGUGUAACUUGACAGAUGUGUACUUUGGGGUAGCAUGGUAGCUCAGCGGUUACCACUGCUACCUCCCAGUUCCAAUGACCUGGGUUCAAUUCCAGCCUCAGGCAACUGUCUGUGUGGAGUUUGCGUGUCUGUGUGGGUGUGCUCUGGUUUCCUUCCACAGUCCAAAGAUGUACAGGUUAGGUGGAUUGGCCAUGCUAAAUUGCCAUAGUCUCCAGGGAUAUGAAGCUAGGUGGAAAUGCAGAGUUACAGGGAUAGAGUGGGAAUGCUCUUUCAUGUGGAAUUGUCGGGCUGAAUAGCUUGUUUCCACACUGUCAGGAUUGUAUGAGCUUGAAAAGGCAUUUUCUAAUUCUCUCCUUAAAUUUUAAAUGACUUUAUGUUCUCGCUGGAAGAACCACCACCGUUAUGUUUGUGUGUUGAUUUCUUAGACGCAUUUUCCUUCGGGCGCAUUGUUCUGCAGAAGAACCCAUUGCCUGGUGAACAUCCUUUUCACUAUUUUCCAAAUAGCAUUGAGCCAUUGUGCAUAUACAUUCUAGCCUCGCUUCUCUUAAAGGGAAAUGUUACUUAUGUAUAUCAUGUGAAAUUGUGAAAUCUUUAAUAAAAAUUUUAUUACA